UAGGAGAAGAAUGAACGAAAAAAGAAAGAGAAUCCGGGCAGAAGCCAGGUAAGCAAAGUGCAGGUUGGCAAAUGGAAGAUUUUGUAUGUCUCUCUCUCUUUCUAUUUUCUCUCUCUAGAAAGUAUAGAGAGAGAGCGAGAGUCGGAGGUUAUGACAGACUGGCAACAACAAUAGAGGGGGAAGGUUAAGCAUCCUCUUCUAUAUAUAUACAAAAUCUUAAUUUCGAUUUUCUUUCAUUUUUGGUUUUUGUGAAUUUUUAUUCAUAAAUAAGAAGAGCCUCUGGUACUUGGAUCUUCAACAACGCAGAAGACCCUUGAGAUUUCGCCACCAUGAGUCUCUUCGGUCUUGGAAGCAGAAACCAAAAAACAUUUCGUCCAAAAAAGAGUGCUCCAUCUGGAAGUAAGGGUGCUCAACUUCAAAAACACAUCGAUGCUACAUUGGGUAGUGGAAACUUGAGGGAAGCUGUUAAAUUGCCUCCUGGUGAAGAUAUCAAUGAAUGGCUAGCUGUAAACACUGUGGAUUUCUUUAAUCAAGUGAAUAUCUUGUUUGGUACGUUGACCGAAUUCUGCACGCCGAGUAACUGUCCUACUAUGACCGCAGGACCCAAGUAUGAGUAUAGAUGGGCCGACGGCGUUACUAUCAAGAAACCAAUUGAGGUAUCUGCACCAAAGUAUGUUGAGUAUUUGAUGGAUUGGAUUGAAUCUCAACUAGAUGAUGAAACGAUUUUCCCUCAAAGAUUAGGGGCUCCCUUUCCACCCAAUUUCAGAGAUGUUGUCAAAACAAUCUUUAAGCGAUUAUUCCGUGUAUAUGCUCACAUUUAUCACUCACAUUUUCAAAAGAUAGUGAGUUUGAAGGAAGAAGCUCACUUGAAUACUUGCUUCAAGCAUUUUGUAUUAUUUACUUGGGAAUUCCGGUUAAUCGAAAAAGCUGAACUAGCACCUCUUGAGGACCUUGUUGAUUCAAUUAUACAAUAGUAGUGUUCUUUAUUUCACUUUCCAUUAUUUUGGAAAGGUUGAGUAUACAUUUUUGUGGGCUUAUCUUUCCCUUGUAAUAUACUUUGCUAAAUGGAAAAUCUUUAGCCACUUUUUGUAUUUUUGUCUGCAUUGUUAUUAUGGUUGCUGAAUAAUCUUGUGAAUCAAGCUAAACCUAGUUGUGAAGUGAGCCAAAAUAAUAGAUGCACUGAUGGUUUGUAUUUCCUAGCAUGUGUUAAUAAAUUCAAAAGUACUUUUCA